UCAGUUAACAAAAGUCCCCGCGUCACUGGACCGGUGUGUUUUGUGAAGUAAAAAUGUACUUUAACAGCAUCAGCAGUAUCACAUGAAUAUAUCCAGACGAGAGUGACACAAAUGGCACGACUGUUUUAACCAGCCUGGAAGCCACACACCCACAGCUAGCUGGUUUUAAGUUAUACAGCGGGUUGGGCCUUAAUCACUGGGACUCACUUCACUUAAAAGAGUUAUGAAUUUUGUUCCUUGAUUUGAUUUAAACUGCCAUAUUCCAGCGACAGGGCUUCAUAGUGCGUCACGGGACCCCUCCCCUGCGUCCGACGAGCCGUUUAUAAACGCCCCCCGGUGGAGGAGAGCCCCCACUGUCUGAGCACCAGGCGUUAAGCCCACAGCCUGAACAUGGAGAGGGUCCACCGCCUGCUGCUGCUAGUCCUCCUACUGGUGCUGCUGACCGGAGAGGUAUUGUCUGCAACGGAGGACGCGGAGGUGCAGUACUGGACGUGUGGCUACAGAGGACUCUGCAGACGGUUCUGUUAUGCCCAGGAGUACAUCGUUGGACACCACGGGUGCCCACGGAGAUACAGGUGCUGUGCGAUGCGGUUUUAGCAUUUCCUGCAUAUCCUGCAAUAUUCCUGCAGGAUAAACUGAACAAAUGGAGGAAAUAAAUUGCUUCACGUGUGGAGAACAU